AUGCCUCCAGACCCGCCGCAGCCAUAUACUCAAGGACAGGGUGCAGAGUCAGGUGGCGUCUUUGUGAAAAGCAUUCGUCAAAGCACGCAUAUGUCGGAUAGAUGGUUCGAUGAGCUCGACGACUUGAUCAGUGUUAUGAAAGCACCCAAGAAGGUAAAGGGGGGUUAUCGAGCUGUCAAGGUGGCGGUGAUCGAUACUGGUCUUCAACCAGCAAUUGGCCUCCGGAUGAACGUGAUCGAAUGGAGGGACUUCGUCGGCAGCAGCUCAACAAUGUGUGAUAACACCUGGCAUGGCACCAUUUCUGCCAGGCUCCUAGCCAACGCAUGUGAGGGCGCCGAGUUAUACAUAGCAAGGGUGUUUGACACGAACAACGCCAAUCAUGAGCACGGGCCGCGCCUCAUGGCUCAGGCUAUCGAAUGGGCAAUCGACCCCACGCGCCGAGUCGACAUCAUCAGCAUCUCCGCCGGUUUUGCUGAACACUCCCCUGUACUUCAUAGAGCAAUUGAUCAAGCCAGCAAUGCAGGGGUGCUCAUCUUCGCCGCCGCGUCGAACUGGGGCAAUCGCGGCCGCGUCGCCUUCCCAGCCCGCCACAACCUCAGAACCAUGUGCAUAUUCUCGACCAACCCAGAUGACCAGGCCUCAUCCUUUAAUCCGGAGCCUCGCGAGCACGCAGAUAAUUUUGCCAUCUUGGGCGAGGACCUGGUGCACCCCGCUGACCCGACGAUACGCGAGAGCGGAACCUCCAUGGCCACUGCCAUUGCCGCCGGGUUGGCGGCUCGGAUUAUUGACUUUAGCCGGCAUGCGGAUAACACGACCAUCGAGCGCGUGGGUGAUGUGGGCUCCCUCGCUGGUAUGACGGCUAUCUUCCGGUUUAUGUCCAAGAGAGAUGGUUCUUUCCAGUGUGUUUCGCCGUUACGGCUCUUGCCGGAACGACAUAAAUAUAACGAGCCCGAGAGGAACCGCGCGUAUGUGCGAGAGAGUCUGCAUCGUGCUAUGGAGAGUGCGGACUAG